AUGGUUUCCUUUAGUGUUUUUAUUACCUGUCUUUCUGGUGCAACAAUCGCUAUAGCUUCAACUAUCCCAAACCAUGGUUCUGCUUACGCGCCAAAACACGCAAAGUGUCCAUCAACGCCACUUGUUCGAGGCGCGUCAGGCAUCUCCACUGCUGAGUCUGAUUACAUCACCCGGCGACAUGUCAAGGCUUCGACCGCGUUGAAGAAAUGGCUCAAGUCCGUAGAUAAUGGGUUUGACUCAGCCACCAAGGAAUGGGCUUCGGACAAGUACGGAGACGUGCCUGUUGUUGCUCUCACAUCAAGUGGCGGUGGAUACAGAGCCAUGCUCAGCGGUGCUGGAGUCGUCAAGGCCUUUGAUGGGCGUGAGAAGGUCAAGACAGGGGUCAGUGGCCUCUAUCAGGCGUUGACUUACGAAGCAGGCCUUUCGGGUGGUUCUUGGCUUCUGUCGUCGAUUGUGAGCAACGACUACGCAACUGUUAGCUCACUGCAGAAGAAGUUAUGGGAAGAGGCACUUGAGAGUAGUCUUCUUGUCCCAAGCAUCCUUGUCUCGCCCAAGAAAGAUCCUGUCUAUGAUACAGUUGAGGCAGAUAUCGAGGCGAAGCAGGCUGCUGGCUUUGAAGCCACCAUCAUCGAUCCUUGGGGUCGACUUCUCGCCUAUGGUCUUCUUCGCGGCCCUGAUGGAGGAGUGCGCGGAACCAUGUCCAGCAUCGCCCAAACCUCGAGCUUCAAGAACCACGUUGCACCAUAUCCCAUCAUCACAGCUCUUGGUGUUGACCCGGGAUCGUGCAUUCCGGAGAGAAACGGCACACAGUACGAAUUCCACCCGUACGAGUUUGGUUCAUGGGAUGCUGGAGUUGAAGCCUUUGCUGUCUCCAAGUAUAUCGGAACGACCUUAUCCAACGGCAAGCCCACCAAGGACUGCAUCACCAACUAUGACCAACUGAGUUAUGUGCUCGGAACGUCUUCCAAUGUUUUCGCAGCAGCGUGUUCGCCUAUAUUAGCCAAUAACUCUGCCGAUGCCUCAUUGGUAGAGAACUUUGCCGCUUUGGUCUCUCCACCUGGCACUGAAGUUUCCGUGCGUCAGGGUUUCGGUCUAUUUCCCAAUCCUUUUCAAGGUCGCAAGAAAUCUCCCGAGGUGUCAGCUCUCAAAACUCUAGAGCUUGUAGAUGGCGGUGUUGGCAUUGGAUACCAAGGCAACCCGAUCUGGCCGUUUCUGCACAGGAAGGAUGUGGACGUUAUUAUCGUCAACGAAAACUCGGCCGACACAGUGGAUCACUACCCCAAUGGUACACAAAUUGUGAAUACCUACAAGGCGGCCAAGGCGGCUGGUUUAACACGAAUGCCAAAAAUCCCAUCUUCUGAGACUUUUGUAGCCAAGAAGUUGAAUCAGAAGCCAACCUUUUUCGGUUGCAAUGACAAUAACGCGGCUACUAUCAUCUUCAUUCCCAACUUCAACUACACAUACGAAAGCGGCCAACCGACGAACAAGAUCCAGUAUUUCCGUAACGAGACGGUUGGCAUGAUUGAUAAUGGCGUGGAGGUUGGGAACUACGGUGGCAAGAAGAACUGGCCUUUGUGUUUGGCUUGUGGUAACAUGAAGAAGCAAAAUGGAAAACUGCCAAAGGGAUGUUCAGCCUGUUUCAAAGAAUAUUGCUUCAACUAA